AAUGCCAGAGAAAACAAGUAAUCCAUAUGAACGCAGGCUCAACAAAAAUGAACGAAUUCUGUCUAGUAGAAAAAAAAUUUUUUUCGAACCUGAACUAUAAUCUUUUCUCUCUCUCUCUCUAUUUUUCUCUUCUCUUUCUCUCCCUCAAAUAACGAGAAGAAGAAAAUAAUAAUCAUCAUAAUAAAAUCAGAAGAAAAAGAAUUUUUUGUCUUCAUCUCUCUCUCUUUUUUCGCUCGAAUUUUAUUCUGUGGUUCCAUCUCUUUUAUUAACAUUCUAUUCGAGUGCUGUAACAUAUUCCAUUCGUGCUAUUGUUUCAAGUGAAAUCCAUUCAAAGUCAACAGAACAAAAAUACCAACAGUUAACAAAUCAGCUUACAGUUAAGUUGAUUCCAACAAUCAACUAAUCACUCAUCCACUUUUCACCUUCCAACCAACAGUUUUAAUCGUCGAAAAGUGGAUAAUAACAAUUACCAGCAAUUAGCUCGUAUUUAGAUCGAGUUGAAAGGAAAAAAGAAUAAAAGUUCUGAAAAGAAGAAAAAAUUUCGACAAACUUUACAAUCGACAAUUAAAUCAUAUAAAUAAAUCAUAAUCAAAGUAAAUUUAAGUUACCAGAGCGGAAAAAUCAUCAAAAAUGUCAACAGUUACUGAUAAUCUGUUAUCAUCAUCAACCAACAAUCAACUGAUUGUACCAACAACUACAACAGGAUCUUCAUUGGUUAACAUGAGGAGAUCAUCUCGUCUAUCAACAAUCACUUUAAUUGUCACAAUUUUGAUGACAAUUUUAAUCAACCUGAGCAACAGCAACAAUUAUCAAGUUGAAGCCUUUUAUAAUACCAAUGAUCCCGAAGGCUUUGAUGAUUAUAUUUUAAGCAAUUUACAAUUAGCUGGUGGAGGAGAAUCAAAUUUGAUCAUUGAUUCCAACAAUUUACCGUUCGAAAGGUUAUCCUCAUCAUCGCGAUUAUCAUCGGCAUCGUCCCCUGUUGGUUCAGUUAUCACCAUGAAAAGAUCGUGUAUAAAACGAUCGGGAAUUUGUGAUAAUCGUCCGGCUGAUUGUUGUUUAAAUUCAGUUUGUCGGUGUAAUUUGUGGGGAGCUAAUUGUCGUUGCCAGAGAAUGGGACUAUUUCAACGACUUGGACGUAAAUAAUUACAACAAUCAACUCUAAUUAUGGUCAAUUAAACACGAACACAAUUAACUUAUUAUUAUACUUUAAACUUUAUCGAUAGAUUUUUGUUUUUUUCCCUUUUUGUUAAUAUUAAUUUUGUGAUUGUCUAUUGAAACAAUGUUACUUCUUGUUGUUGAUUUAAUCAAUCAAUAAUUAACGAUAAUCAAAAGUUAAUCAACUCAUCAUCAGUUAAUUGAAGAUAACAUGAAUAUAUAUAAAUCAAUUAAAGCUCAAAAAUCAAUCAAAUUAAUCAUUAGGAAAGGAAUUAACUUUUGUAUCAAUUUGCAAUUGUCUUCCUUUCAAAUGGUUAAUCAAAAUGUAAAUUAACUCGAGGACAAUUUACUUAAUCAUCGUAUGGAAAACAACAGGAGAAAACUUUAAAUUGAUUGUUGAAGAAGAAAAAAAAAUUAAAUUAAAUUGUGAAUAAUGAUCAGAUUUAAUUGACAA